AUGCAUGGUGUCCUAUUCUUUGUCCUCAAGGAGCUUAUAGCAAUGAAUGAUGAGCUCUAUCAGAGAUUUGACCUUACCACCCACCUUGAUCAUUGUGAGAAGGUCUUCGCAGCGACACUAGAAACAUAUGACGUACUCGCUGUCCCCAGCUUCGAAAAUGUCAAAGCCCAGGGCGAAGCAAAGCCCGCAUUAUACUGGACCUUGAUUUCUGCCGCUUCAAUGCAUUGUCAAUCACUUGGAUAUCACCGUGAGACGACCUAUAGGAACAUUCUAUCUGGAAAGGCGGAUAACAUAAGAAGACUCUUCUGGACGAUAUACGUCUUCGAUAAGAACAUGGCUCUCUUGUUAGGCCGUGUCUCCAAUAUGCAGGGUGUCAAGAUUGACGUACGGCAUCCUGCGAUAUCAAUAGAUCCGAGUCGCCGAGCAUGGGAUGAAUCUUUCAUUAUGGGAAUCAGGAUGGCGGAAUUUCAGGACAGAGUAUUCACUGAUCUCUACAAUCCUGCAACGUCAAUUAAGGAUCCAUCUGAGCGGACACAGUUUAUUCAAGAUCUUGCACCUGAUAUGGAACAAUGGCAUUCCCAACUUAAGCAGAUCGAUCCGGAAGGGGCCAACAACCUCCAAGUCUUCAACAUGUCCAGAACAAACUGGGAUAUAUCCUUCAACUCCACCCUGACGCUGCUUCUCCAUGCAUCCUCAACGACAGGAGAGGAACUACAAAUAAGCUCUCGUUGCUUCAACGCCGCCCAUAAUAGCUUAUUGGCCCAUCUCAAUUCAUUCCCUCAAUACCAAAGCUCAAAGCUUCUUUCAGACGGUGAAUACUUCAAUUGGAUUCUAUUAUUCUCAUCUCUAACCCCAUUCCUCGUGAUAUUCCUCCACGCCAUUUCUGCAAAAGACACUCAGAGCAUCGAACUCCUUGCACAAGUAGUUCGCAGCUUCGAGACGUUCCGAAAAGUCUCCCUAGGCGCGGAACGCCUAUAUCAGAUAUGCGCUACUCUUACCAACAUUGCCGAGAAACUUCUUCAAUCACAGCAACUGUCGGUAGGGAUAUACAAUGAACAAGAGGACUCUCUCAGAUUGCCAGAUACACCUGGUGACACAUCGAUGUUCCACGCGGAAGAUUUGCAGAAUGUGCUUGACAUGGACAAUGGGGAUGAAGCCACCUCGUUGUAUGCUACUGACCUUUUAAAUGAGUUUCUAAGUGGUGAGCCGUUUUUGUGGAAUAGGUUCGAUUUUGAAGUCGGGAAUGGUCCGUGA